GCAUCAUCGGAUACUUCUAAGCCGUCGCGAAUCUACAAUCUAGUCGAUUUCCCCAACCUGCAACAUACACCAAAUGUCUGUCGUUGGUACACUCAAAGGCGACAUGCCGCAACAAGUCCGAUCACUCUACCGCCAAUUAUUACGGCAAGGCUCGCAGUUCGCUGCGUACAACUUCCGAGAGUAUGCGAAGCGACGGACGAGAGAUGCUUUCCGGGAGCAUCAGGGCGAGCAGGAUAGCCGAAAGGUGCAGGAGUUGGUCCAGCAUGGGAUCAAGGAGCUUCAAAGCUUGAAGCGCCAAACGGUCAUCAGUCAGUUCUACCAACUCGACCGGUUAGUUGUUGAGGGAGGAAUCUCGGGCAAGCAGACGGGCAACAAUCAAGAGAUUUUGAGGCAGAAGGAGCAGGGUUACGACUAAACGACUUGACCAUAACGAUCUCGAAACGACUGGAUAAAGGAUAAAAGAGACAACUCGUGUGUACAGUAGCAUGGUUACGGGGAUAAAUGUAUAUGUAUCGGAUACCACAAAGGUUCAAAGGCGUCAGCGAGCCCCGGGGGUGUCUCGAGGUACUGGAGAAUGGGCACUGCGGCUCGAAUACUAGAUGGCGAAUCUCAAUUCUGAUUCUAUUUGGCUCUCAAUAUUUAGUUUCUGUGUCAAAUGCUGUUGGGCUGCAUGUCUCCAGGCGUUUUACUAUCAAAGCUUUGGUAUCACCACCCAUUGAAAUUUCUUGCCAAAACUUCAAACCUGACGGUGUAGAUGGAGUUUGUGUCAAUUAGAGGCCUUUCG